AAAAAAAGAAGAAAGAUGCUGAAGAUCAAGAAAGUUCCUACUGUGGUUUCUAAUUACCAGAAAGAUGAGGCGGAUGAGGGGCGCCGAGUUGGGCUUUGUGGCCGCAACUGCCUUAACAAAUGUUGCAUUCCAGGAGCAAAACUUCCAUUGUAUGCUUUCAAGAAGCAAAACAACUCACCUGGUGAUGAGAAGCAAGAGGCUCCCAUUGCUUUUCUUGAUUCAUUAGUUCUUGGAGAGUGGGAGGAUCGUAUGAAGAAAGGCCUAUUUCGAUAUGAUGUCACUGCCUGCGAAACCAAGGUGAUCCCGGGUCAGUUUGGCUUCAUUGCGCAGCUCAAUGAGGGCCGCCACCUUAAGAAGCGUCCAACCGAGUUUCGAGUUGACAAGGUCCUCCAACCUUUUGAUGGCAACAAGUUCAACUUUACUAAAGUUGGCCAAGAAGAGGUUCUGUUCCAGUUUGAAGCGAGUGAAGAUGGUGAAGUUCAGUUUCACCCUAACGCACCUAUUGAUGUUGAAAACUCUCCAAGCGUUGUUGCCAUCAAUGUCAGUCCAAUUGAAUAUGGGCAUGUGCUGUUGAUUCCUCGUAUUCUUGAGUCUUUGCCACAAAGAAUUGAUCGUGAGAGCUUCUUGCUUGCACUUCACAUGGCGGCAGAAGCAGGGAGUCCUUACUUUCGAUUGGGUUACAACAGCUUGGGUGCAUUUGCCACCAUCGAUCACCUUCACUUCCAGGCUUACUACUUGGCCUUAACCUUUCCCAUUGAAAAGGCUCCUACCAAGAAAAUAACCAGUUUGGAUGUUGGGGUGAAGAUCUCUGAGCUUCUGAGCUAUCCUGUUAGAGGUCUAGUUUUUGAGGGUGGAAAUACUCUGGAAGAUUUGUCAAACUCUGUCUCUGAUGCCUGUAUUUGCCUUCAAGCGAACAACAUUGCUUUCAAUGUCCUCAUAUCCGACUGCGGAAAGCGGAUCUUUCUCUUGCCACAGUGUUAUGCUGAGAAACAAGCUCUUGGGGAAGUUAGGGCAGAGCUUCUGGAUACUCAGGUGAAUCCAGCUGUGUGGGAAAUUAGUGGACAUAUGGUGUUAAAGAGGAAGAAGGACUAUGAUGAGGCAUCUGAUGAAAAUGCUAGGAAGCUUCUUGCCGAGGUCUCUCUUUCUGAAGAGAGGUUCCAAGAGGUGAAUGCUCUUAUAUUUGGAGCCAUUGCUUGUGCUGGUGAUGAUGGGAAUGCAAAUUCACUUAACGAUCCAGAUGUGAAUCCUCGCUAUCAUGAAGAAGUCAGUGCCAUUAACAAAAGCUCCCGUCAUGCUAUGGAGUCCCGGACCCAGGAAUGCCUUGUUCUGCAGUAAUGAGCAGAUUAGUGG